AUGGCCGAAAUAUACCCGCCAAGUUUGGUCCUGGCCGAAAUCGCUGAGAAUCUCGACCGUCACCACGGCGAGCUUCGUGUCACUCUCCCCAGCAACCAUUUCACGCAGCAACAAGGACUGAGUGCCACGCUGGACUGCGUUGGCGAACUUUCCGACCGCGUGUUUCUGCCGACGACCAACCCAGCUCGACGACAGGCCCUCAGACGCCAGGCGCUGGAAAGCAAACAUGUGUUCGACGGGUCAACACGGCCAAUUCGUGCUCCGGGAAAACUGAAACCUGACGAUAUUCCACCAACUCCCUCUCCCGAACGCCGCGCCCUAUUGAAAAAGAAGUUUCUGGAUGAGAAUGAACACCCGUCUAGACCCUACGUCCUUGAAACCGCUCUUUUGCGCACAGAUCAUGCACUGGCAGCUGUCGUCGGCAACGCUAAUGUCAGUGCCGUUGAUUGGGAAUCUGGUAUGCCCAAGUGCCGACUCAGCCAAAUCGAAAUGCUCUGGGAUACCGGCGCUCAGACCACGAUCAUCACGAAAGACAUCUUAGAUGAACAGUUUCAAGCGCACCUAUCUGACCCUGUCCACAGAGCCUACCGGAACCAGGAUGGCACACGCGUUCAGAUCUCAUUCGCCCUUGAAUUUACCAACUCAGUCCUUGUUUUGGACCAUAUCGCUUGGGUUGUGGACAAAGAAUUUGUCCCCAAUAGGGCGAUCAGGCAUUAUCCUAGGGCAGAAAGGCUUCAUCGACUCACUGCAGCUGCGAGUAAUUCCGCGGUCCAUCCUUGA